AGCUCACGAAGGUUCAGGUGACCCCCCUGAGCACUGCCUGGCGCCCCCCGUCGACGAGGGCUGCCCCGUCGGGGCCUCUCCCGCAAGGCAUGGCCACACCGCCGGGGGCGCCCCGAGGCCACCCGCCCGUGGACGUGCCGCCACAGGCGGCCCGCCGCCUCAGCUCCGACAGUGGGGCGCCGCCCGACCCGGCCGCGCGUGUCGCCCGCGACCUGUGCCCGCCCGUGGACGUGCCGCCACUGGAGGCCCGCCGCUUGAGCUCGCCCAGAGGCAUGUUCGGCAGUGGGGCGCCGCUCGACCCGGCCGCGGGGGUCGCCCGCGACCUGUGGUACGAGCUCUUCAUGCGCUUGGACGACUACAUGGAGCAGGUGGGGAACAUGAUGUCGGAGGCCUCGGAGGAGCGGCGGUCGCUGGCGGCGGCCGCGGGCGAGCGCCACGGCGAGCUCCUCCAGAGAGUGACCCAGGUGAGCUCCGAGGUCUCGGGCUUCAGGCCGCCCUCCCGCCGGCGGACCUCCGCCGCCAGCACGGCGCCGCACGAGGAGCGGGCAGCGGCCGGCGCUGAGGGUGACGGCGGCGGUGCGGUUGGCAUUCGCCAGGCCAUGAUCUCGCCCCACCAGAUCGCCAGCAGAUCGCCAGCAGAUCGACCGAGCACGAGGAGCUCCUGCGGCUCCUUCAUGGAGACGCAGUCUGCGGAGCCGCCGACGGGAGCCUGCACGGCCGAGGGCAACACCGAUGAGGAGGCGGUUGUGCAGCCUUUCGCUGCCUCGUCUAAGGUGCAGCCUGGUAAGCGGUUUUCCCGCGGCCCGACCUCGUUUCCGACGGAGGAGCAGGCGAUGGCGUGUCCCAGCGGCGACGUCACGCCCGUCUCUCCCGGAUCGCCGCCGGUGCCCUUCCCCCCGCCGCCGCCGGGCACGGAGAAGUUGGGGAUGGCCAAGCCCAGCUUCUACGACGUGCCCAUGGUCGACCCCUACAAGCAAAGCCACACAUCGGGCUCAACGGCAAGAGAUCGUAUGACCUGGUGUUACGAGGCGUGGAUGAAUCUCAAGGAGCCAGAACGCACAGGCCUUCUUGCUAACCUGGAGAGGCGGGGACGUGCAGUGUUCGGAUUUGUUAUCUUCGCAAAUGCAUGCUGGAUGACUUGGUUUGUCGAUCAUCAGGCGAAGAACUUGGGCAAUGCCGAUGACUGGGCGUAUGAAGUCGAGAAGGCUUUCCUGAUUAUAUAUUGUCUAGAGCUCGCCCUAGCAAUUGCAGUGCAUAAGUAUUUCUUCUUCUGCAACGAUGACGCUGGUUGGAAUUUGUUAGAUUUCCUGAUCGUUUCCAUUGACGCCGUGCAGGCAGUACUGGCAAGUCGGAGCUCCGGGCAAUUCACCGUCGGGCGCGUUCUCAGAGCUCUGAAGAUCAUCCGGGUGCUCCGUGUCUUCCGGCUCAUCCAUUUCUUGAAGGAAUUGCGCCUCAUUUGGGAUUGUAUGAUCGGAUCUAUCUUCUCAUUGUUUUGGAGUAUGGUUAUGAUGGUGUUAAUCAUUUUCAUGUUCUCUCUUGUUUUCGUGCAGGGCGCUUCAAUGUAUUUGUUGGCGAGCCCCGACGAAGAUGACGGAAAAGUGUUGAAGCUCGUCGAAAACUUCGGCUCCAUUGAAGAUUCGAUCAUCAGUCUUUAUUCAGCUAUCAGUGGAGGAAGGGACUGGGGCGAGGUGUACCAGGCCAUCGCACCUGCUGGGACCGUGUACGCGUCGCUAUUUUUGCUGUUCGUCGGAUUCUGCCAUGUCAGUUUGCUCAACAUUCUGACUGGUAUUUUCGUCGAGAAUGCCUUGGCUCAGGCUCAGCCGACAAAAGAGCAAUUGGCAAUGGAGAAGCACCGAGAAGAACUUGCGAUGACGAAUGAGCUCCGCAGGUUUCUCGAAAGCUUUGAUACGGUUGGUCAUGGGCGCCUCGAUGUGGAUGAGUUCUUCGACAUGGUAGUUGGCAGCCAUCUGCAUGCCUACUUACACUCCAUUGGUGUCAGCGUGAAGGAGCUCAGAGAGUUUGUGGUGUUCGUUGGUGCAGACAAGAAGGGAUCAAUCAGCGUGGAUUCGCUGAUUCAUGGAUGCUUCCUUGUACGAGGUAACGCCCGCAAUUUGGAUAUGCAGCGCGCCCUCCUCGACAUCAAGCGCAUCAGGCUUAACCAAGACUGGAUGGUCCGCGCUCUGAGUGCCCAGUGGGGUGUCAGGGUCACGUCUCAGAGGGAGCCUCACCUUCGAGUCUGGGGCUCGAUGACCGAGUCACAGACACUGGAGGAUGUCGAUUGCGAUAGUGAAGGCCAGUGAUCUGCCGCAUGGCCACGCGCGCAAAGAUCGGCCGCUGCUGCAGUAGAGACUUGCCGCUUAUGUAGAAUCGCGGCACUCCUUGGGGGCUCGGCAGGCGCAGCUGCAGUCUUGUGUGCUUCGGCGGCUCGACCUUGUCGAUCAGCAGGCCUGGCAGGCCCAAGGGAAGUGCUCAAUGCCUCCCAUGCCGUGAAACAUCGGAUGCCUUUCGGGCUGCCCCGCCACCGUGUCUGGAUUGUGGGUCUGGGCUCUGGGCCUUCAGCUGACCUUUGCGGCUCUCUUCCCGACCUCUUCCCGAGGACCGC